CACACCGACGCUCCUCCGGCAUCGUGCAGCCCGCUGCGAACAUGGUCGGCGGCGUGUGUGCUCGCCGGCUGGCCCGCCGGUCCCGGUCCGCCCUUAUCGCAGCCCUCACGGUACUCCUGGUCCAGACGCUCAUCGUGUGGAACUUCAGUAGCUUCGACUCCGGCGAAGACGGCCAGGGAGACGGAGCCUCCAACGUGCGGGAGAAGAGGGACAACAAAGCCGCUGGCAGCGACUAUUUACGGCAUGGAGGGCAGCGGCAGAGGCGGCAGCAUCUCCAGCCGCCUGGGAGAGGAACCUCAUCGCGUCACAUACAGCAGCCGGAUGGUUACUAUUCCCACCGGCCCAAGGAGAAAAGUCGAGUGGACAGCAACAACGAGAACUCAGUCCCGAAAGAUUUCGAGAACAUAGACAAUAGUAACUUUGGCGCUCGCUCACAGCCGCAUCGGCAAACCGUGGGGGCCACCAGCAGGAGGCAGCAGCGGGAGCAUCUGCAGGAAAAGGCUUACGACCAGCAGCACGUCUGGCGUGACAACACCCCCAAUUUGGGCCGCGGCUCCAACGAAGUGCUGCCUUUAAUCCACCAGCCGCUGUCGCUCGCCAACAUCUCAGGUGUCGCAGCUGGCGGACUGCGGCAUCGCGCCUCACAACAAGCGCCGUCCCAGCACCGACAUCAGCACCCCCACAAGAAGCAGGUGACCGCGGCGCCCCUGGAGGUGACCUAUGAUCAACCACCCAAGUGUGAGAUCAGUGGGAAGGAAGCCAUCUCAGCUCUGUCCAGGACCAAGAGCAAGGAGUGCAGGCAACAGAUCGCAGAAGUGUACUGCAGACACAAGGAGGGACAGCUAAUGCCUGACAAGGUCACUCGCUACUGCCCACUAGAGGGGAAAGCCAAUGCCAACGUCCAGUGGGACGAAGACCCUGCCGAGACCUUCCCAUCAAAUCCAGUGAGAAUAGUUUUUGUCCUGGUGGUGCACGGACGCGCCUCUCGUCAGUUCCAGCGUCUUCUCAAAACGAUCUACCACACAUCUCACUACUACUACAUACACGUGGAUCAGCGGUCCAAUUACCUCCACCGACAGAUAAAGUCCUUGGCUGCUCAGUAUCCCAACGUGAGGGUGACACCAUGGCGCAUGGCCACCAUCUGGGGGGGUGCCAGUCUUCUGACCAUGUAUCUCCGAAGUAUGGCCGACCUGUUGGCUAUGAGAGACUGGAGCUGGGAUUUUUUCAUCAACCUCAGUGCUGCCGACUACCCAAUCAGAACCAAUAACCAGCUGGUGGCCUUCUUGUCCAAAUACAGAGACAUGAACUUCAUCAAGUCCCAUGGCAGGGACAACGCCAGGUUUAUUCGCAAACAAGGCCUGGAUCGUCUCUUCUACGAGUGUGACACCCACAUGUGGAGGCUGGGCGAUCGCAAAAUCCCAGAAGGUAUCUCUGUGGACGGAGGCUCCGACUGGUUCCUCCUGAACCGCAUGUUUGUGGAAUAUGUCAUCAACUCCAAGGACGAUCUGGUCACUAACAUGAAGCGCUUCUACGCCUACACUCUGCUGCCUGCUGAGUCGUUUUUUCACACAGUGCUGGAGAACAGUGCCCACUGUGAGAACAUGGUGGAUAACAACCUGCGCAUCACCAACUGGAAUCGUAAACUGGGUUGUAAAUGCCAGUACAAGCACAUUGUUGACUGGUGCGGGUGUUCCCCUAAUGACUUCAAGCCUGUGGACUUCCACCGCUUCCAGCAAACAGUGCGUCCCACCUUCUUCGCCAGGAAGUUCGAAGCCAGCGUGAACCAGGAGAUAGUCAACCAUCUGGACGCCUACCUGUUUGGACCGUUUCCAACAGGAACACCGGGCCUAAACUCUUACUGGGAAAACGCGUACGACGAGCCAGAUGGUGUGGCCAGUCUGUCUGACACACAGCUCACCUACUACCAUUCCUUCGCAAGAUUGGGCUUGGCCCGCGCGGCUGCCUCGCUGCAGGGCAACCCGAUGGAUCACAGCUGCAGGUAUUUCCCCAUGGGCCACCCUGUGUCCGUGCAUCUCUACUUUCAGUCAGACCAGUUCCAGGGCUACCUUGUCAGGCACCAUGCCACCAAUCUGGCUACAAGCAAGCUGGAGACCAUGGAAACCUGGCUGGCGCCCAAGAAGAACUUCAAGUUGACCACUCCUCCCAAAAGCACAUUCAGCAGGUUGCAGUUUGCAGAGGUCGGCACAGACUGGGAUGCCAAAGAGCGGCUGUUCAGAAACUUCGGCGGUCUGAUGGGCCCCAUGGAUGAGACGGUGGGCAUGCAGAAGUGGACAAAAGGGCCCAACGUUACCGUCACGGUUGUGUGGAUCGACCCGACCAACGUCAUUGCGGCCACCUAUGACAUUCUCAUCGACGCCAGCGCGGAGUUCACCCACUACAGGCCGCCACUCAACCAGCCUCUGCGCCCUGGAGUUUGGAGUGUCCGCAUCCUGCACCACUGGAGCCCUGUGGCUGAGAUGCGCUUCCUUAUCGCUCCUUUGGCUUAUAAUAAGCACCAGCCUAUACGACAAGAUGACUCACUGAAGCUCCACAACGGUCCAGCCAAGAACAGCUACAUGGAGCAGAGUUUCCUCGGCCUCAACCCUGUGCUGAACAUCCCCAUCAGCCCGGGCUCCGUGGAGCAGGCCAAGAGGAACGCCGCUCUGACCGGCCCGGAGCUGGAGCGCUGGGCGGACAGCCUGGUGGGGGAACUGUGGGAGGCGGCGGACAUCUGCGCCGUGGGCCUGACUGCCUGCCCCGUCAUGCAAGCCUGCCCCAAAAACCCUUGGAGCUCCCUGAGCCCCGACCCAAAGUCCCAACUGGGACCGCCACGUGCCGACGGGCGCAUCAGGUAGCAGCGAGGCCUCCGGCUGGACAGGAGGCCCCGGCUCAAAAUUCACUGUUGAGUUUUUUAAUUUAUUUAUGAGCUGUGUUGCAGAUGCGUGAGUGAGGGGAAGCAAGUUCUUAUUCUGUCUCAGGAGACGAAGGGAACAUACAAAGGUGAUCAAUGGUUGGAAGGUCCAGGAUGUACUUUGCUAUUUCACUGUUGCAAUCUAUUUAUUUUCGUCUAAUAAGAGUUAGACCGCGAUCAAAUCUUGCAAUUUUCGAGCAUUUAUGUUGCCGCUCAAUGAAUUCGGAAGGUCAAAUUAGUUUUAAUAAGGCCGAUAGGGGUAUAACGGUCGCAUUGUUCCGUACAUUUGUUGACGUACUGAUUUAUUUAGCACACGGUACUUAUUACAAGUGAGGAACAGGAAGUGCACUUUCCACUUGUGUGCCUAAAAGUAGACAAAAAAGUUGACACAAUUCUGCACAGAAGAGGGAUCUAGGUGGCUCAUUCUAAAAACACAAUUGGUUAAAUAUAUUUUUAGUAUUUUCAAAUCAGAUUGAAAACAUUUUGGAAUUUGGAUUAAUCAUAAUUAUGUGGGCAGCACGGUGGAAGAGGGGUUAGUGCAUGUGCCUCACAAUACGAAGGUCCUGAGUAGUCCUGUGUUCAAUCCUGGGCUCUGGAUCUUUCUGUGUGGAGUUUGCAUGUUCUCCCCGUGACUCCUUUGGUUCCCUCCGAGUAUUCCGGCUUCCUCCCACCUCCAAAGACAUGCACCUGGGGAUAGGUUGAUUGGCAACACUAAAUUGGCCCUAGUGUGUGAAUGUGAGUGUGAAUGUUGUCUGUCUAUCUGUGUUGGCCCUGCGAUGAGGUGGCGACUUGUCCAGGGUGUACCCCGCCUUCCGCCCGAAUGCAGCUGAGAUAGGCUCCAGCACCCCCUGCAACCCCGAAAGGGACAAGCGGUAGAAAAUGGAUGGAUGGGCAUAAUUAUGUGCUUGCGUAAUUGAAAUUAGCUUAAGAAUAUAAACUUAAAGUACCACUGAUAGUCACACACACACUAGGUGUGGUGAAAUUUGUCUUCUGCAUUAAACCCAUCCCCUUGUUUCACCCCCUGGGAGGUGAGGGGAGCAGUGAGCAGCAGCAGUGGCCGCGCCCGGGAAUCAUUUUGGUGAUUUAACCCCCAAUUCAAACCCUUGAUGUGCCAAGUAAUGGGUCCCAUUUUUAUAGUCUUUGGUAGGACUCGGCCGGGGUUUGAACUCACGACCUACCGAUCUCAGGGCGGACACUGAGAGAAGGCUUCGUAGACGAUUGCAAUUUUUUUGAGUGAAUGUCAUUUAUUCGCACCAAAAUUGUUCACAGUUUUAUCAAAAGUUCUUACAGGCUGUAUUUUGGAGUGAACACACCUGUCGGUCUCCUCACUCAUUUUUGUACUGACGCAUGCAUUGAUCUGAUCACUGGCCGUAUAGCGGUUGAAGCAAGGGUGUCAAACUCAUUUUUGAUCGGGGGCCACAUCUAUUCUGGUCAAAUCACGGCACGAUAACUUAAAAAUAAAGACAACUUCAGAUUGUUUUCUUUGUUUAAAAAUAGAACAAGCACAUUCUGAAAAUGUACAAAUCAUAAUGUUGUUGGGUUUUUUUUACAAUUACCUGUUGCGGUUUAUAGUAUGUAUACUUUAUUUGUCGUUAUUUAUAUUUUCUGAAUAAAUUAUGUGGUAAUGUUCAUCAGUCAACUCACUGGUGUUAAUUUUCAAUCUAUCAAGAUAAAAAAAAUAUAUAAAAAUCAAAUUACAGGAUGUUAUUUAUGUAGUUUGAUCAUUUUCCUUGACUGAUGCACUAACAUCAUGCGGUAUAUUUUGUACAUAUGUAGCAUAAUUUACAAAGAUACAAAGAAUUUCUAUUGCGACAUCUAGUGGACACAUUUAGAACAGCAGUUUCUUUCAUUCAAAAUUUUCAGGUUAAUUUUUAUACUUAGCAAACCCGGAUAAAACCUGUUCGCGGGUCUGAUCCGGCCCUCGGGCCGUACGUUUGACACCCCUAGGUUAAAAUAAAAGAACUUGUAUGGUCAAAAUAAAUUGCAUGAUUAAUCCGUGUGUAUAUACAUAAUUAAUGCAAUAAUUUGUUCUGAUUAAUCACAUGAGUUAACUUGUUGAUUUUGACAGCCCUGAUUAUUAGAUAUUACCCUAAUUUGCUUUGUCACCUAUGACAUAAACCUCAUAUAGUUUAGAAUACAGUAUAUUGUUCUAAUUAGUUUUAGCAUUUUUAAUGCAAAAAAGUGUCAAAGUGGCACUCCUAAUUCUUAAUUUUUGUGCUACAACAGGGGUGUCCUCAGUUAGUUUUUUUUAAUAUUUUAAACAUUUUAUAAAUUGAUUAAUAAUGAGAUAUAUUAGAUUUAACACUAAUAACUAUUUUUUUUAUUUUUUUUUAAUAACUUUUAAUACUGGGAUGUCAAAUAUGUUUUCAUUGACGGCCACAUCCCAAUAAUGAAUGCCCUCAGAGGGCUGCUUGUUACAGUGAAUAGUAUAUGAAUAUAAAUGUAUAAUCGCCUCGUGAUAAUACACAAACGCCUGUGCAUUUGAUUGUUAGAUUUUUUUUUUUACGUACAAAUCGACAGAUAACUUGCUUUGAAGUCAUAAGUCAAGGCAAAAUGCAGAAAUUAGUAUUUGUUUUAUUUUUACAAUUAAAAUGUAAUACAGUAUAUUAUGAUAUAUUAUUUGUUGCAUGAUCAAAUAAUAUUAAAGUUUAAAAAAUAUACCGGUAAAUUUUUUCUGUCAAAAUGAAAAGAACGAAUACAUUUAGUAAUUUCCAGGCUUUCGUGGGCCAUAUCAAACAAUGUGACGGGCAAGAUUUGGCCCUUUGGUCUUGAGUUUGACACCUGUGGCUUAGAAUACAGUAUACUGACCGACGUUAAAAAAAAUGUUUGAUAAUUUUAUUUAUUAGAAAAUUACCUUAAAUUGCAGUUUAAGUCUACAAACAAUUAAGCACAAAAUCUAAGCAGUUUUAUGUUUGGAAUUUUCUUCCUUACUGUUCCAAAAAUGUAUUUAACCGUGACUUAAACAGAGGUACGUACAGAAGCGUGACCAUGGCGCACCUUUACACCCCUAGUGGCUAAUGAUGAAUGAAAAAGGCCUUAGUUUACCCAAUUUACUGAUGUGCCUGCCGAGGUUUAUUUCGAUACGACUCCAAGAAGAGCCAAAAUCCCCUGCCUUUAAGAAUUUUGAGAAAGAAAAAUGUUCUCUCUUGAAGAAGCCAAUUAUUCAAAAAGGUGUCAUAGCAGCACAGCUUGUUUCAGUUGAGUGCUUGAUGAGAGACGCUGCUGUUAGAAAUGCAAACCCUCAGAAUUUAGCCCAAACAAAUAAGGAUUUUGCAUUCGUUAAAAAAAAAAUGGUGGUAGCGUUUUAGGAUUUAAGAGGUCAUUUUCUUUAAUUAAUCCCUGAUGUCGUCAGGUAGAGGACUAAGAAUUUGUUGUUUUCUGACCAGCCUGCCUCAAACUUGAAACACACUUAUUCCACGCUGACCUUAAAAAUGCUUUUUAGACUUCCUUCCACUCUUGUAAGUUACUUUAUGUUGUACGGUAUUUUCCAAAAAAAAAAAAAAAAAUAAAAAGUCUCAAAAUUGUCUGACUGAGAUAACUGAGUCGCUAUUUAUUUAAGUUCACAUGAAUAUUGAUAUUUUUAGUCAAUGACUAAAUAACUGCGACGCUGCCUUGGCAGCAUGAUAAAUAUUUUUUUGAAAGAAAGUUGCCUUUAUUUACAAAGGCCAACACCACCCGAACGUUUACUGUACCCUUUUUACGGUCCGCACCCACGUGUCACUCGGUGUUGUCAUGUCUGAAUAGGUCUCCUUAUGUUGGCUUGCAACUCUUAACCUGCCAGGUCAAAGGUCGGCUGCCUAAGCGACCUCAGCAAAACAGAAAUGGUGACCUUAAACGUACGAAUGCGGGGAAGCUGUUCGGUGUUUCCUGCUCUUUGUGGUGGUCUUCAUGCUGUGACAAUGAUGUAAAAACUCAUUAUUGUGUAUUCAUAUUAUACUGUCCUUUUUAGAUCGGGUCUGUAUCCCACACGACCGUUGUGGCAGCCGCCACAAAUACCGUAUUUUCAGGAUUAUAAAGCCACACACACUACAUUUUAGAAGAAAAAAAUAUGUUUCCAUAUAUUUGCCAUAGAUAUAUACAUUGCAAAAUCAGAUGUUUACAUAGAAAGAUGUUGUUAAUGUUUGUUUACAUACCUUAAAUUGUUUCUAAACAACAUCUGUAGCAGGGCAGUAAAACGGCUGAUCAAACAAAACGUCAUGGAUCCACUAGCUGCGAAAGCUAGCUUCCCAAUCAGCUAAACAGACUCAAGAUUCAAUUUACUGAGUAAUUUGAGAAACUGAAACAACACAAAAAGAAUGCCUUUGUAAGUUAACUUGUAAACGCGUUAGCAUAUUAGCAAAUGCAAAUAACGCUAGCUUGAUUGCAAUCUGAUAGCACGUACAAAUAUGCAUGAAAACACUACGACUUGUUUUAGUUAUAUUGUAAAAGUUACAAACGUUGCUUGAGGUGAUGACUGAAGAACCCUUUCGAGCAGAAACGCUAUGUACGACUAGUAGACGGUACGGCACUUAUACUUCCGGUUUAAGGCAAAAAAAAUUACUGUAGACAUUCACCCCGCAGCACACUCGUCCAAAAGAGGGCGCCAUUGAACAAGCAAUUUAUGAAACUGAAACAACACAAAAAGAAUGCCUUUGGUAGUUAACUUGUAAACAUGUUAGCAUAUUAGCUAAAUGUUUGUUUGCAUACCUUAAUUGUAUCUAAACAAUGUCUGUAAUACGGCAGUAAAACGGCUGAUUAAACAAAACGUCAUGGAUCCACUAGCUGCGAAAGCUAGCUUCCCAAUCAGCUAAACAGACUCAAGAUUCAAUUUAUUGAGGAAUUUGAGAAACUGAAACAACACAAAAAGAAUGCCUUUGUAAGUUAACUUGUAAACGUGUUAGCAUAUUAGCAAAUGCAAACAACGCUAGCUUGAUUACAAUCUGAUAGCACGUACAAAUAUGCAUGAAAACACUACGACUUGUUUUAGUUAUAUUGUAAAAGUUACAAACGUUGCUUGAGGUGAUGACUGAAGAACCCUUUCGAGCAGAAACGCUAUGUAUGACUAGUAGACGGAACGGCACUUAUACUUCUGGUUUAAGGCAAAAAAAAUACUGUAGACAUUCACCCCGCAGCACACUCGUCCAAAAGAGGGCGCCAUGGAAGAAACAAUUUAUGAAACUGAAACAACACAAAAAGAAUGCCUUUAUAAGUUAACUUUUAAAUGUGUUAGCAUAUUAGCUAAAUGUUUGUUUACAUACCUUAUUGUUUCUAAACAAUGUCUGUAACAUGGCAGUAAAACGGCUGAUCAAACAAAACAUCAUGGAUCCACUAGCUGCGAAAGCUAGCUUCCCAAUCAGCUAAACAGACUCAAGAUUCAAUUUACUGAGGAAUUUGAGAAACUGAAACAACACAAAAAGAAUGCCUUUGUAAGUUAACUUGUAAAUGCGUUAGCAUAUUAGCAAAUGCUAACAACGCUAGCUUGAUUACAAAACGAUAGCACACACAAAUAUGCAUGAAAACACUACGACUUGUUUUAGUCAUAUUGUAAAAGUUACAAACGUUGCUUGGGGUGAUGACUAAAGAACCCUUUCGAGCAGAAAGGCUAUGUACGACUAGUCAACGGAACGGCACUUAUAUUUCCGGUUUAAGGCAAAAAUUACUGGAGACAUUCAGUGCGCGAACUCGUCCAAAAGAGGGCGCCAUGGAACAAAUAAUACCACACCUUUUUGGUCUUUGUAUCCGUGUUAUUGCAUAGUAAGUUUGUUGUAUACAAAACAUUGUGGCCGUUGGCGAAGAAAAAUCCAUUGAUCAGCCGCACCUUUGUAUAAACCGCAGGGUUCAAAGCUUGGGGAAGAAGUAGCACCUUAUAGUCCGGAAAAUACGGUACAUUUGAAAAGCCAUAAUUAGAUUCGGCGCUACCAGAUUCGCACUUGCUCGUGAAAACAUUUUAAUGCGACUGUUUGUGAAUGUAGAUUGUCGGUACAACUCUGUAACGUAGUAACUCUGCUUCUUAACACCACCUCAUAAGCACCUGGGGCUUCAUCUAUAAUUCGGACAAAAAGUCUCAAAAGUGUUCACACUUGUAAAACCUGGCAUCCGCACACGUUCCCGCAAUGUGUGGUAAACUCACCUCCAUGCCUUGACUUCACCAUAUAUUUAAUUUUUUUUAAAGAUUUGUAUUUAAUUGAUAUAAUAAGUGUAGUAAAAGAUACAAAGAGGCGACUAUCCUCAACAUCAAAAUAUCAAUGAAGUUAUGCCACAGUUUGCAAACAGUACCGGUAAUUGAUGUAUUUCAAAAACAUGUACGCUGAUAUUCACAGUUAUAAUAAUUAUUAGGGUUGGGAAUUUUACAACAACUUACAAUUCAAUUCUGUUUGUUAGGGUCUCGAUGCAAUUCAGAAUCAAUUCUUGAUUCAACACGAAUCUGGCAAAAUAUCAGUUGGUGUGAUGCCAUAAAUACUUUUUUGUUCAGGCAGCCUACACUUUAUUUAGAAAAAGGUUCAUUACUACCAUCUGCUGUUGAGUCUGAAUGCCAGAGUUGUGCUUCUUCUAUUCUGAUUAAAAGUAUGCGGGUCAGUGUACUUUCCGUUCAUUCUGUUUCCAAUUCUUAAAUGCAAAUCCAAAAACUAAUUUUGGGCCAUUUUUUUCGAUUUUAAUUUCUGAAACUAAAGUUAGACAACUAUUUAAUGACACUUUUUUAAAACGACAAUAGGACUCCUGCUG